UUUGCGCCAGCUGACGCUGUCACAAAGAGAAUUAUAAUAUGCGCUGUCAUUUUCAUUUUACCACAAUUCGUUGGUGUAGGUGCAUAGUGCAUUCCAGUGCAUUCUUUAAAACGUAUAUUUUGGUGUCAGUCCUUAAGACUGUAUGCAUAAAAUAAACAGAGAUUAUUCAAGAACUCAAAUAAUUACGUAAUACACAUUAUGUAUAUUCCAUUACAAUAAAAAAUCUUCAAGAUGGAAACGGAUGAAGAUUUGUCGGUCGCCCCAAACGGUGACAUAUUUGUACACCGGUUGAAGGAGUUGACCGAAGAAGAGAAGCAACGCCUUGAAGCGCAGAACUCUCGCAUCAUUCCAGAAUCUAAAGCGGCGAAACUAGAACGAGAAGCUAAACGUCACUGGGAUAUUUUCUAUAAGCGAAAUGAAACAAAAUUUUUCCGAGACCGGCAUUGGACAACACGUGAGUUUCAAGAAUUAAUUAAUUUCGAGCCCGAUCAAAAGAUAUCAUUCUUGGAGCUGGGUUGCGGUGUUGGGAAUAUGAUAUUUCCAUUAAUCGAAGAAGGAUUCUCUAAUUUCCACUUCUACGCGUGUGAUUUUUCACCGCGUGCGGUCGAAUUCGUCAAAUCGAAUAAACUUUUUAAUGAGAGUAGAAUGAAGGCAUUUUGUGCUGAUUUAACUACGGAGGAUUUGUUUGAUAACAUAAGCGAGGGCAGUAUGGACUUGGCAAGUUUAAUAUUUGUGUUGUCGGCGAUCCAGCCCUCACACUGGCCCCACGUGGCGAGGCUGGCGCUCCGCGCACUGCGGCCCGGCGGCGUGCUGUUGUUGAGGGACUACGGUCGCUAUGAUAUGGCGCAGCUCAGGUUCAAACCGGGACAUAAGAUAGCAGAGAAUUUCUACAUGCGGCAAGACGGCACAAGGAGCUACUAUUUCACAGAAGAAGAACUCGCAAAAUUAUUUACUGAUGCAGGGUUUGAAAUUGUUUCCAACACAUAUGUGCAGAGACGGACGGUCAAUUUCAAAGAGGGUAUAGAUGUGCCACGCAUAUUUGUACAAGGCAAAUACAAAAAACCCAGCAAUGAUGGGUGAUAUUGUGAAGAACUUUGAUGGACAAGAAACAUAUUUAGAUGGGGAAUAAAGCUGGUUUGUGAUUGGAAAUAUGCACC